UUUUAAUCCAAUUAACAAACUCAACUAUAGAUCAUCUUCAUCUUGAUGAAUCUUGUUUUAUGUAGGUGUUACUUUGAAUGUAUUAUGAAGAGAGACAGAGGAUUACCUUUUUUUUUUGUUUUUUUUUGUAAAAUGUCUGUAUAAAAAUUGGAGUAUUUAUAAGCACAGUUAUGAUUAACUUUGCUACAAAUUCAUUUUUAUUAGCACUGAUAUAAAUCAAAUAUACUGAUGACAGUAAAUCUAAAUCUAAAACAUUCAUAACUCUGUUUGUGUUGGAUAAUUUAUCUUACAGUUAUACUGUGUUGAAGAAUGUUUUAAAUCUGAUAUUAAACAGACAAACAAAAUGGGAACAUUACACAGGAUUAUUGGAUCAUAAAAGUUUAUAAUCAAAAUAGUUAUAUAAAUACAUAAUUUUAUUUUCAAAACAUUGAAAUCAUUCAUUAGCAUAUUGAUAUAUCUAUCCCUCUCUCUAUAAAUAUAAUGAAACAUUUGAAAGUUUCAAUUUAUUCAAUUCAUUCAUUUAUUUAGACAAAUUAAUGAAAUGAAUUUAUUAAAUUUAAUUGAUUAUUAAUAAUAAUAAUAAUAAAAUUGAUCCGGAUCAAAAUGAUUAAAAAGUUUUCUUGAUUAAAAAAAAAAAGGAAAAGAAAAAAAAAAGGAGGAAACAUUUUUGUUUUUGUGAUCUCUAUUUGAUCUAAAUUUAGAUUAGAAUUUUUAUAUGAUGAUUCAAUAAUGAAAAUGAUAUCAAGUUAUUGUUUAAUCAUAUUACUUAAUAAAUUGUAUUACAUUGGAAUUUUAUUGAAUCAAGUUUAUUCAAAUAAUCAGCCAUACGGUGGAGCUCAAUUAAAAAUUGAAUGGGAUUAUGACAAUCCAGCAUCAUUAUUAGAGAAUGGACAAAUUUGUGAUCGUGUUGGCGGAAAAGAAUGUGAUGUUUAUUUCACAUUAUGUCUAAAAAAUGCAGCCUCAGUUGCAGAUGACAUAGAUAAAUGUCAUCUACUUCAGCAUACUACACGUGUAUUUGAUAAUGCUGGUUACUUGGAGUUUCGUGAAGGUGAUGGUAUUGAGAUUUUUGUACCACAGCCUGUUCCUAAUGAAUACACAUUCACGUUGGGUAUAUUUGAACAAGAUAUUUUUGGAUCCGUUGAAGUGAUUGGUACAUUGGUAGCUAAUCAUUUUUCAUUAAUACCAACAAACAAUUGGACAAAUAUAAAAAUUUCAAGAGAAAAUGAUCAAUAUAAAAAUAUCAUUUACGUUAAUGUAAGAAUGCGUUUGAGUUGCGUGAAAGACUAUUAUGGAAAUCAUUGUCACAUAUUCUGUAAACCAGAGCCAUCACGAUAUACUUGCAGUUCAGAUGGUUCUUAUAUUUGUCUCCCAGGACUUCGAGGACCAAAAUGUGAUAAAGAGGAUUCAUGUUACUAUGAGCCAUGUGCUGAUCAUGCCACAUGUGUAAAUAAAGAUGAUGAGACUGGACGUAUAUGUUUAUGUAACGGGCAAGAAAAACCCGAAUGCUAUCCAAAUUACAAUCCAUGUGAUUCAAAACCUUGCCAAAAUGGUGGUCAAUGUAGGUUAGCUGGACAUUAUAAUGAGAGUUUCAUAUGUCAUUGUACUGAACAAUGGACAGGUCAUAAAUGCAAUGAAAGACGUUCGGCAUGCUUAGAGGAGGCAGCAAAAGUUCAACGUCAUAAUAAUUUGUCCACUGAUCAUUACAACAAUUCAACAGAAGUAACUUCCGUUUGUCUAAACGGCGGUACGUGUUUUGAUCAUCCAAUCAGAUUUGAAGUUCGUUGCGUAUGUUUACCUGGUUGGAUAGGAGCUAGAUGUGAAAUACCUGUUGAAGUAGAAACACCAAACUCAAAUUGGAUAUUAAUAACACUCAUCAGUGUCGGAGGUAUUCUAUUUAUCACGGUUGUUCUACUUACAAUAGGAAUUAUCUGGAAAUGUUUCAUCAGGAAACGUAAGGUACAAUAUUUAAAUAAACAUGGACCUAUUGUAUUAUAUCACAAUCCUCGAAAUUCAGCACAGUCCAAUUAUGGUAGCUCAUGUCCGCUCAACCAACAUUUCAUGAAUAUCACAUACGAAGAUACAUCUAAUAUUCCCCCAUUAAUUACAAAAUCACCAAAUGCUGCUUACAGUAGACAAUUAGAACCAAGUACAAUACCUGACGAAUAUGAUGAGUGUGAUCCACUAGGUAUAUAUGCUGGUACAGGAAUAUAUGAAACUGGAUUUCCACCAGAUGAAAAUAUAGAAGGUGUUGAUAAUAAAGAUAAUCCAUUAACAACAAUAGGAAGAAUAUCAGAUCCUUUUAAUGAAAGUGCACCUCCUUUACCUGAUCGAUCGGAAACAUAUGGUUCUCCAUCGAUUCAAAUGGUCUAUGACUUCAAUCAAACAAUAAAUAAGCAAAGACCACAAUCACCGUCAAACGUAAGUACAUUUACAAAUAAUUUCAAUGAUUCAACUACAUAUCGAUCUAUUAUGAAUCGUGACAAUAUAACAAAUGUUUCAAUAAUUAAUUCACCUACUUUUGAGAAUCGACCAAAAAUUUAUAGACGAACUUCAAGUGUUUGUGACGCGUAAAUAAUUUAUUUUUUUUUUCAGUAAUUCAAAUCUAUUCAUUUGGAUGGAUAUUUAAUAUAACGGACUAACAGCUGAACUUGACAAAAUGAUUCGCCUCACUUCUAAUCAAAACCAAAAACAAUUAAGUUUUAAUAAUCAAUAUUUUGCAAUUAUGCAAUAGUUUCCAAAUCCCUUUUGUUUUUUUAUAAUUUGUAAUGGUUUAUAUUGAUGUAUCGUUUUUUUUUAAAAAAAUCACAUUGAUUAGUUUAUAAAUAAAUAAACUUGUUUUAAGCCAUAAUGUUUUAAUAGAGUUUAAUAAUUAGCAGUUAUAUUUUGGAUUAUUUCAAUACCUUAACAAUUAAACAAGGAACAUUCAGUUUUAACACUUUGAACUGAAUGAGACAUCGUAAAUGUUCAUUACCUUAUUAUUGAUAAACCGGAAAUCUUUUAUCAAUUUGUACUUUAACUGGUAAAAUAUCUUCGAAUGUUCCAACAUGAUAACUUUAUACUUUGUACCACCUUAAUGUAAAUUCUGAAAUCAGUUUUCAUAUAGUAAUUUGUUAGUAAGAAUUAAUUUUCAUUUUUAUUUGAACUAAACAUUCGUUGAAAACUUAUUGAAAAUAAGAUUCUUGACAAUGAUUACUUUGUCAAGAAUUAACACAUACUAUAAAAUGAUUAUACUGAACUUUAUAAAUUCUUGAAUCUACAACCUAUAAGAAUCUAAGGAAAUCGCGUUACCAAUAAAGCAAUGAUAAUAAUGAAUCCAGUCAUUCAUUGAUCUUAGAGAUUAUUCAAUUUAAGGUCGAUGUUCUUUUGUCAUGGACGGUUAUCAAUAGAAUAUAAAUUGGAAUCAAUUAGCGGUGAAAAUUUGUACUUUAGUUUGUGACUCCUCAGUAUUCAGUACCCACGACCACAAACGUAAUGCAGAUAAAACACUUCAAGUGAUUACCAAACGUAUUAUUCUUCUAGACCACGUAAUUGGAAUCGAGUGGUCCAUAUUUUAAAACUGAAGUGCGAAAAUAACCUGAUGCUACUAGUGAUACUUAAGUCAGUAGUAUGGGCUAUAAUCGUGAACUACGUGACUGCACAGUGUUCUUCAGGACACAGUAGGACAGCGGUUGCUUUCCGUGUUCGAUUAUCGACCAGUUCUUGUUGAAACAUCAAUAUAUGACUGUGAAAAAUACAGAACUUUAUUGAGAUUAUAGACCGAUCUAAUUUGAAUGACUAUUAAAAAUCUAGAAGCAGUAAAUGAGCAUUUCGUCCUCGCAUCGGACUCCCCAGAACUGCAUAUCCACGAUCUCGAAUUCAAGACUUUCAGUCUCGCACGCAAGCGCUUAAACUCUGGUUCGUUGAGAUGACGUUCAGUGGUGUGUUUGUCUAAAUUUAAUCAUUAUGUGACAUCGGGCGAUCAUGAUCCAAUAUCUUCAGUAACUUCUUUCCUAACACCUGACGUAGUUGAACCCUAUGAAUGAGACUUUUCUGUUGUUGAAAUAUUUGUGGUUCAUCUAUGCUAGAGAUACUUUACUACUACGCAAUAAAUGAGGUAUUAUUAAACUAGAGACAAUAGUUUUUAAUUCAUAAGAAUAGACCAGAUGAAUCAACUUUACUAACCAUACUAUUAAAAUAUACUGAUAAGUGGAUUGUAAGAAUAUUUCCAAAUGUAUCUCUGUUUGCAUAAAUCUAAACUGAAAGGUUUAUAAUUCACAAAAUCCUCCCCCUCCCCCCAAUAAUUUAUCCUGUCAUUACUAAAUUUAAACUUAUGAUAAUUUGAAUGAAAAAGUUUCAAAGAUACAAAUAAACAUAACAAUUAUAG